CGGCUGCGAUCCUGUGUACCAGGAUGAGGAACUUGGGAAUGGAGGGGUUUUUUCUUUUCCCUUUGAUGCCGUCACACGCCGUACAUAUAUUUAAUUUGACACCACAGAUUGUGUGAUGCCAGUCCGAUCAGCUCAUCCGAUUCGCGCCAGAACGCUUGUCCGGAGCAGCUUGGAGAAGGCAUCAGUUAUCAGCUACGCCAGCAGCAGCAGCACCACCAGCAGCAUCGGCAGCAGCUCCAAUCUCGUGCCCAGUGUAUCAACGGCGGGGGUCCACAGUAUCGGCAGCAGCGCCAUCAGCAGCAGUGCAAGCUCCACCAUCGGCAGCAACGGUAGCACCGAUAUUCCCACCGAUUCCAACGCCAUCCCGAUCGUUGAUCCACGCCAGUUGUUGCUGCAGUCCAGGAUGCCGAACAUCAAGGUGUUUUCCGGCUCGUCCCAUCCGGACCUCGCGUCCCGCAUUGUCGACCGGCUCGGUAUUGAUCUGGGCAAGGUGGUGACGAAAAAGUUCAGCAAUUUAGAAACCUGCGUGGAAAUUGGAGAAUCCGUCCGGGGCGAAGAUGUGUACAUCGUGCAGUCCGGUUCCGGCGAGAUCAACGACAACCUGAUGGAGCUGUUAAUUAUGAUCAAUGCGUGCAAGAUCGCAUCAGCGUCCCGCGUGACCGCUGUGAUACCGUGCUUCCCGUACGCACGACAGGACAAGAAAGAUAAGAGUCGGGCACCCAUUUCGGCCAAGCUGGUAGCGAAUAUGCUUUCCGUUGCUGGUGCAGAUCACAUCAUCACGAUGGACUUGCACGCUUCGCAGAUUCAGGGCUUCUUUGACAUCCCGGUGGACAAUCUGUACGCCGAACCGGCGGUACUGAAGUGGAUCCGAGAGAACAUCGCCGAGUGGCGCAAUUCGAUCAUUGUUUCGCCCGAUGCCGGUGGCGCGAAGCGUGUCACCUCGAUCGCGGAUCGAUUGAAUGUUGAGUUUGCGCUUAUUCACAAGGAGCGGAAGAAGGCGAACGAGGUGGCCUCGAUGGUGCUGGUCGGUGAUGUGAAGGAUCGCGUGGCGAUCCUCGUGGACGAUAUGGCUGACACGUGCGGUACGAUCUGCCACGCGGCGGACAAGUUGGUGGAAGCGGGCGCCACGAAGGUGUAUGCCAUUCUGACGCACGGCAUUUUCAGUGGGCCGGCCAUCUCGCGGAUAAACAAUGCUUGCUUUGAGGCGGUCGUCGUUACGAAUACGAUCCCGCAGGAUGGCCAUAUGAAGGACUGCCCGAAGAUUCAGUGCAUCGACGUGUCAAUGAUGUUCGCCGAGGCCGUCCGUCGGACGCACAACGGGGAGAGUGUGUCGUAUCUGUUUUCCAACGUUCCUUACUAGGACGAUCCUCGCCAUCUGGGGAUGGAUGUCCAAUAAAAUACACACGUUCACACUUACAACAAUUACACCGUAUCGUCUGUCCCAAACAUCGAAACGACGACGCCACAUUUUUAGCAAGCUAUUGCCACACCGCAUUGGAGCUACAUAGGAUAAUAUAGGACGGACACAGUUUGCCACGAUAGAAUGCGCCCACGACACGCUGGCACAGAAAAGCCUAUAAAAAAACCAUCCAUUGCCAUUGAAAGAAUGCUGCCCUCGUCGCUUGUCACACACGAUGGCGACAGGGGUGGGGCCCCUCCUCGCGGAUUUUCUACCCUUAAAAGCAAGUCAAUCAGGGAACACCAAAACUCACCCGUCAGUAAAUUGGUUUAGUAGAAAGGAACUAACAAGAGGCACAUUAUUCGACAUCUCGCGAGAUUCACACACCGUUUCUGAGGGGAGAAAGUAUAUUUUUAUCAGGGUUUAAUUUUUGUUUCCUUUUGCGCGCGCUUUCUUUCUACCAAAUCCGAUCAUUAGGUAGGCAAGUUCGUUCGCCUUUUUUGUUUUCCCGAGUAAGUUUACAAAAUAAACAGUGUCGUUCGCUAUUCCACGCUGUACAGUUUUCUUCCAAAAGAGAAACAGGAAUUCAUAAUGAAUUAAAAGAUUGGCAUGUCAAAAUUGUGGACGCUGCCUGGCCAGGAUCUUUAGAUAAGGGUAAACACGUCGUGUAAGAUUAAGAAUCGACAAACGUAGGAUAAGGUUAUGCUGAAAAACGCAGUCCAAAAUAGCUCAAGACAAAACUAAACCCAUAAACACAACAUAACUAAAAUAGCUGACCAUAAUGAAGUUCAUGUAUCCGGAUGAAACCGGAUUAAGAAAAAAACGUUAAGAUUCAAAUAGAUCAAAUUGUAAAAUCGAGGAACAGAACUACCCGGGUGCAAUAACCACUAUCGUAGACAGGCAGAUUGAAAUUACAUGAUAGUGGCAUUUUUUUUUUUCUUUUUUUUUGUUCUCCCUGCAACGAUCGCUAGAGUUAACGAUAAUAAUAUGCUCCCAUCUAUUCGCGAGAUGUUUCCAUGAUAAUGAAUUGAACACUUUAUGUUAUGGUACAAUUUAUGUUUAGUUUUUAAUACUUUGAUAUAUAAACAAAAGGAUGUAAGCUAGUAAAGACAUUAGCUACCACACGAAA